UGAGCACCUAAAGACGUGGCCAUGGCCGAGGGGAGUGAGCUGAUGAACAGGCUCAUGAGUGAGAAUGCAGACCUGAAGAAGCAGGUGCGCCUCAUGAAGGAGAACCAAAUGCUGAAGCGUCUGCUCAGCGAGAGCUGCCAGGAGCGCUGUGGCCUUGGGAGCCGGGACCUGCUCUUCCCCAAGGCACCCGCCUACCCCGAGGACAGCUCCCCCGGGAGCGCAGGUGCAGACUUUGGAAGGUUCAGUGGCAUCCCUGAUGCACCCUCCCAGCUGCAGACAUCCUCCCUGGAGGACCUGCUGUGCUCACAUGCCCCCAUCUCCAGUGAGGAUGACGCCUCCCCUGGCUGUGCCACCUCCUCCCAGGUGCCCUUCAAGGCUUUCCUCAGCCCCCCAGAGCUGCGUGCACCCCGAGGCACUGACAGGAAGCUGUCCCCGCUCCUGAACCCCUUGCAGGACCCGCUGGCAGACAAGACCCUGCUGGAGCCCAGGGAGAUGGUCCGGCCCAAGAAAGUGUGCUUCUCAGAGAGCAGCCUGCCAUCUGGGGACAGGACGAGAAGGAGCUACUACCUUAACGAGAUCCAGGGCUUCUCCAGCGCUGAGAAGGACGGGCGCAUCGUCGGGGAGAUCGCCUUCCAGCUGGACCGGCGCAUCCUGGCCUAUGUCUUCCCGGGAGUGACCAGGCUGUAUGGCUUCACCGUGUCCAACAUCCCUGAGAAGAUCAAGCAGACGUCCAUCAAGUCCCUGGACGGGUCGGUGGACGAGAAGAAGCUUCGCGAGCUGACACACCGCUACCUGAUGCUGACCGCGCGCCUGGAGAGGCUGGGUUACAACCGUGAGGUGCACCCGGUGUUCAGCGAGUUCCUCAUCAACACCUACGGCAUCCUGAAGCAGCGGCCCGACCUGCGCGCCAACCCGCUGCACAGCAGCCCGGCCGCGCUGCGCAAGCUGGUCAUCGACGUGGUGCCCCCCAAGUUCCUGGGCGACGCGCUGCUGCUGCUCACCUGCCUGUGCGAGCUCUCCAAGGAGGACCGCAAGCCGCUCUUCGCCUGGUGAGCCCGCCCGCACCCGCCGUGCCUUGCCUGCAAUAAACAUGUUUGUUCCAAACCCGGGGGCCACGUGCCUCCUGCGUGUCCCCUCCGGCCCGGGGCAGGGGCCCAGUCUGCCGACAGGGCGCCCGGGGCCACAGGCGCCUCUCACCAACCGGGCCGCGCCUCGGGCACCCGGCCCGCCCGCCGCCCACCCCCACGCGGCACUGUGGCACUUUAUUAAAAUCAUCUGUUUUCUUGUGUA